CGCCUAAACUGGGCACGUACUCUCUACCAAUGGCAAAGCCCGAUGUUACUGCUCUUGUCCAAUAGUGUCCGCUUUCACAGGGCAGUGGGUCCAUUCUCACCGCGUUUGUUCCUUCAAUGUUGGCAGAGGGCCGCUGUCCUAGCAGAUAUUGGUAUAAUAGCCUAAGCACUUCAAAUGGUGAGGUUUGUCUUGUUUAGCGCGUCCACUUCUUAAUUCUACUGUCAAUGAGAGUUCUACAAAAGAGGAACCAACACGAGUAAGCUAAUGUGCUAAGAUUGUAACUGGAAGUAUCAAGUUUGUGUACACGGGUAAUUUUGCAGAUUUAAUCCAACAAGAGGCGCUAGUUAGCUAACAUAGCCAGCUAAAAACUUCAUUUUGUUGUUACCGAGGCGGAGUUGCUUGUCAUAGCGAGCAACAUGCCGGAAUAUCUGGAGGACCCGUCUGUUCUCACCAAAGAUAAACUCAAGAGCGAGCUUUUGGCCAACAAUGUUGCUCUCCCAACCGGAGACCAGCGAAAGGAAGUUUAUGUGCGUCUGUAUCUGAAAAACUUGACCGUGCAGAACAACAAGAUCCUAUCUACAGACGCCUUCUCCAGCGACGAGGAGUUGCUUGUCCCGGUAGUGUCAAACAAAAGUCGCUCCGGCAGGAAAGCCACGAGGAAAACAGACAAACCUCGACCAGAGGACCUGGAUGUGACUGAGCUGACCAGUGAGGGCCUGAAGGAUGAGUUGCUCAAGUAUGGAAUCAACAUAGGACCCAUCGUGGCCUCAACCCGUAAGCUGUAUGAGAGAAGGCUCCAGAAGCUGUUGGACCAGGGUCCUCCUGAGACCGUGGCUUUACCGGUGGUCAUCACUCAGGUAGACAGCAACGGCAACUCUGACUCAGACCGCUACAGCGACAAGGAAGAAGAGGUGACUACAGAACCAGAGCCUGUCCCAGUCCCCAUGGUGGAGAGACCUGUCAGAAGCAGAGGGAAGACCCCAGUCACCACCAGGACCCGCAGCAGCCAGCACAACCGGAUCUAUGCUGAGGAGGAGGAGGAGGAUGAUGAUGAUGAUGAUCUUGAGGAAGAGCAUCCUGUGUUGAACAUAAAGAGACCAUUGAGGAGAUCAUCUCAUAGAGUCGACCAGAUGGUCCCUGCAAGCGAUGAUACUGAUGUCUCUGAGCUAUCAGCUGGUGAGGGAGUUCUUCACCCUCCAAGAGAGGCAAAGACCAAGGCACCUCUGCUUCUGGAAGUCCUUAAGGAACCUAAGCCUAUAUUGGCAGAGAAGCCAAGCUCUAAAUCCACGCCCUUACUGCAUGGCCUAGCCCAUGCCCAGUCCACUAGGACUAUCCAUCAGGUUGUCCUAACAGCCAGGGCCGAGUCUCCAUCACCCAGACUGACUCAGCUGUGCUGUGAGGAGGAUGGUGGUCUUCCUCUCACUCUGACUACGAAAGCUCCCAGUCGUGAGCUAAACACCCUACUCAAUACAGCUCUUUUAGAGGAUCCUGCACCAAGUAUCCAUGCUCCAGUAGGACAGCGCAUAAGACCCCUGAAACAAUGGCCUCUGGGGGUACCACAGGAAGUCCGCCCGCUCCAAGUAGCCAACUCUUCCCCACUACCUCGUUUGUCUGGAAAUGACCCCUUGGCCUCCUUCACCAUCAGGCCUGUAAGCUACGCCUCACACACCCCCUCAUCUCCAUCCCUGAAAGAACAACUGGAAUCCCUAUCAUCUCUCUCUGCCAAGUUUGACAUGCUGUCCAAUCGCUUUACUCGGCAGGAUCAGCUUAAGUGUAAAAAUGACCUCGAACCUAAGUGGAAACAGCAGAAAAACACCUCCUUCCUCUCCUCUGUGACCCCAGUGAGGGGGCAGGACAGUGUCUCCUCGAGUAUCUCUAAGGAGCCAUGGGUGGAGAAGAUAGCAUCUGGUGAGCAGACACCCAACAGGGUGGAUGAGAAGGAUAUCCUGAAGGAGAUGUUCCCCUACGAGACCAACACUCCAACAGGAAUCAACGCCACCUGUCGACGGCCCAUCCGAGGGGCAGCCGGCAGGCCCCUAAAGUCUGGUGACCUGUGGACAGAUGAGACCCUCCUGCGCUCCUCUCACUCUUCCUACACAGAGAGCCGCACCGCCACCGUCCACAGAGUCCCCACCCUGCCCCCCUCUACCAGGCUGUUAACGUCAGUGGCACCCCCUGCUGGAAAGGCCAUAGCACCACCCCAUGGCCUGCCUGUCUGGCUGAAGCUGCUGCUCCUCUGCAUUGUAGCUGGCUUCAUAUUCUUCAUCUACCAGACCAUGGAGACCAACGCUAUGGCCCCCUUCGGAGGGUCCUCAGAUUCCAUGCAGACCAGUGGCAGUGAGUCUGCCCUUUCCCCAUCUGUGAGGCUGAGAGAAAGCCAGUCGCACCAAUGAUCUCCAGAGAACGUACAUACACCGAAACAGUGGCUUCCAAAUUAUGUGAACUUGCCUUAUAUGGUCUAUGUUUUAGUUUUACAUCUCUGCAUGGUGUAAAUCGUAUGAUUGCAUUUGCCGGAGUCUGUGAAAGAGAAUUGCCUGUGUGCGUGUCUGUGUUUAACACAGUUUGCUUUUGUAAUACUGUCACCAUAAUCUAAUGCAGUUAUUAGCAAAAAACAGUCAGGCAAAAGACUGAAGAAAUUUCAACCAAUUGUAUUCAGAUAUUCUUGAUCGAAUCAUGUAUACAGCGGGUAUGUGUGUGAGAUGGGGAUUCUUAAAACUCAUGCAGACACAUAGCUCGUAUGUCUUUUUUUAAUUGAAAUUGUCUGUGGAGCCUAAUUAGUCAUGUAUGUAUUCAUUGUAAUAAAUCAUGUAAUAUCCUCUCAAUAAAACUGUAAUAUGUAAGGAUAAUGUCUA